AUGUCAGACGUCUCCUCUGAAGGAGAGGGCGACGUUAUCCACCCCUAUGGCGACGACGAUCGCAACAGGGACUCGUCGGACGAAUCCGAGGAGGAGGACCCGGAGGAGCUCCGCCGCGUCCAUGACGGAUUCAUCGUAGACGGAGAAGACGACGACGACGAUGAUGACGAUGACAAUGAGGACCCGGCAGAGAAGCGUCGGCGGAAGCGCAAGGAGAGGAGGAAGAAGAGGAAAAGGAGGGAGCGCGAGCGCGCCAGGCGGGAACAGGACGACCUUUCAGAGGACGACCUGGAUCUCAUCAACGAGAACACUGGCGGCGCCGGUCCUUCUCGGCCGCUCAAGCGUCUUCGCCGAAGGAGUGGCUCCGACGAUGACAACCUCCCCCGUCUCCAGGACAUGUUCGACGACGAAGAUCGUCGCAACGCAAGUGAUGACGAGGACGAUCUGGCCGACUUCAUCGAGGAAGACGAGGACGACGAGACGACUCGCAACGAGACGGAGGAGCAGAGAAGGCAGCGCCGGCGCGAGGAGAAGGCUCGUCGCCGCGAAGCCGCUCGCGCUCGUCCCGAGUUAGCCGGCGUCGACAAGGACUCGUGGGAUGAGAUCUUUGACGUCUUUGGCGACGGCCACGACUACGACUGGGCGCUCGAGGGAGAAGAGGGCAUGGAGGCCGAGGAGGAGGAGAAGAAGGACCUCAGACUGGAGGACGUCUUCGACCCUGCAGAGAUCAAGGCACGCCGUUUGCUCGACGAGGAUCGCGCUAUCGCCCAGGUGGACCGGCCAGAGCGUCACCAGCUCGUCAACUCGACACUGUCCGACAACCCCAUCCUCGCGCCCGACAGCUUGUUCCCCCCACCUGACCUCGCCGCCGGCUGGGCGUACACGCGCAUCUCGCAGCGCACAGGAUACCUGUUCUGCAACUUGGGCGCAGACAACUCGUGGCCAGAGUCGACACCAGACGACCCGUACCCCCACCCCCAGCCUCGUCGACUCGAUCUCGCUGUCGAGUUCUUGAAGGUGGUCUCGACGGCGCUCAACAUGAUGUAUGUCCAGCACCUCGAGGUUCCAUACCUGUGGCACUACAAGCGUGACGCCUUCAGCGUUCUUGAGAACCAGGGUCAGAGCUCUGUUCAGUUCCUUGACCGCGACGAGCUGUGGACGCUGUACAACCUCGGUAUCCGGUUCCGCGCCAUCUGGGAGCGCAACCAGCAGGUCCAGCAGUUGUGGGACAAGAUCAGGGCUCGCCGCCCUGAAGUCGAGGACAAGUACCUCACGCAAACUCUCCUCCCUUCGGUCUGCAACAUGUCGAUCGAGGCCGCAGCCGAGGGCGCCGACUGGCUGGCAUACCACUACGCAAGCGACAUCCGUGCCAUCAAGGAGGAGGAGUCUUUCGAAGAGGGCAUCAAGCGUCUGCCUGAGCGUGCGUCUGGCGACAGGGCGCGCGAGGGGCCGAUCAUGAAGCUCGUCGAGGCGUUUGGCAUUUCGGUACCGUCUGUCGCUGUGACCUUUAACGACCCCGAGGGAGUCCCCGUGCCGCCGAACAACCCAGACCGACUCCCGCUCGAGGUGGCCGAGGAGUACUCUGGCGAAGGCACCCACUUCGCAUCGGCGGACUCCGCCCUCGCUGCCGCCAAGCGUAUCCUCAUUGCCGACUUUGCUCGUGACCCCACCAUCCGCCAGCAGGCCCGUGACUUUGUGGAAGCUUGCGGCACGGUCACGGUAUCGCCCACAGAACGCGGCAUGACUGUGAUCGACGAGUACAGCACCUACAGCACGUUCAAGUUCCUCACCGAGAAGCCUGUCGAGCUGUUCAAGAACACUCCGCAGUUCUUGCAUAUCCUCAAGGCUGAGGAGGAGGGCUUGGUCAAGAUCACCAUCAGCGUGCCCCAGAUCCAGAUUGACGACUUUGCGGGCACACUUGUGCGCUGCUGUCGCUCACCCGAGUACACCGAGGUGGCGACGGCAUGGAACGAACUCCGUGACGAAAUCUGCCAGACUGUCGUUAACAAGCACUACAUUCCUGCCGCGACCCCAUGGCUCAAGGAGCACAUGCGCUCCCAGGCCGAGGAGUAUGUUUCCGAGUUGUGUCGCAUGGAACUCGAGCUUCGUGUCAACGUACGCCCGUAUGCCCGUCGCGGCGACAACACGGGUGAGACACCCACCGUCCUCGCCAUCACUGUGGGCCGCGGCAACGUCAACGACGCUGUCAUUGCGGUUCUCCUUGGCGACGACGGCGUUAUUCGCCAGUCGUACAAGUUUGACAACUUGCGCGACGAGGAGCCACGAAGCGCCUUCCUCGAGGUCGUUGGCAAGCGCCGCCCGGACGUCAUUGUCAUCGGUGGCAUGUCAGCACACACUGGCCGGCUUCGUGACGACGCUCAACGGGCCCUUCGUGACCUAGCCAUCCGCGAGUCUGGCCUGCGGCCGCCUGUCAGCGAGGCGUACCAGUCCCACGACGAGUUCGAAGACGCAAGCGCCGAUUUUGAGAGGCAUCUUUCACCAUCAAUUGUCCCCCUCAUCUUUGUCAAUGACGCCACUGCUCGUCUGUACAUGAACUCGGAGGAGGCUGCGACCGAACACCCUGAACUUCCCAUCAACGGCCGUUAUGCUCUUGGUCUUGCGAGGUACACCCAGAACCCCCUCAACGCCUACUGUCGUCUGGGCCGCCAGGUCUCGUCCGUCUCGUACAUGGAGCACCACCAAAAGCUUGUUCCCGAGGAGCGUCUGUUGGUUCACCUGGAGCGCGGUCUUGUCAACGCUGUCUGCUUCACCGGCAUCGACGUCAACACCUGCGUUCAGGACCAGUACCAGCGCGCCAUGCUGCCGUUCGUCGCUGGCCUCGGGCCUCGCAAGGCCGACCAGCUGGUCAACGCCACCAACAAGCACGGAACGCUUCUGAACCGCCUCCAGCUGUCCGAGUUUGGCACUUUCGGCCCGACCAUCUUUGAGAACGUCGCUGGAUUCCUCUCGAUUGACGCUGAUCUCAAGGACUUCAGCCUCGACCAAGGAGACGCCCAUGAGCAGCCCGAGCCGCUGGACAUGACUCGCAUCCACCCCGAGGACUACGAGUUUGCCCAGAAGAUGUGUCAGGAUGCCCUGGAUCUCGACGCCGAGGACGUUGCCGACCAGCACAAGUCUACAGUUGUCGUCCAGCUCAUGCAGGACGAGGACCGCGCGCGCAAGCUUGGAGAGCUCAACCUGGACGACUUCGCCUUCAACCUCCAGCGUCAGGGCGAGGGAAACAAGCGCCACACUCUUGGCGCGAUUGUUCAGGAGCUCAUCCAGUGGCGUGCUGAUCGUCGCCCUGCAUUCUACAUCCCAGGCGACUGGGAGAUCCUCACCAUGCUCACCGGCGAAACGGAGCGUACACUCGGCCGUGGUAUCCGUGUCACGGCAACUGUCCGUCGCGCUCUUGCCAGCCGCGCGUUCUGUGCACUUGAGUCUGGCAUUGACGGUAUUGUUGAUCGCGAGUACGUCUCGGACGACGACAAUCUGGUUAGAUCUUGCGAGGACGUCUUCCACAAGGGCCAGGCCAUCAAGGCGGUUAUUAUCAGCCCUGAGCCGGCUCGUCUCCAGGCUCGGCUUUCGACCCGUGAAUCGGACCUCGUUCAGUCGGUUCCGUUCGUCCAGCCAUUCCGCGAGGAGCCGUACAACGACCCCGAGAGGAGGCGCAUGGCGGAGGAGGCUGCUGCGCAAAAGAGACGUCGCGAGGCGGGCGCUGUCAAGCGUGUCGUCAACCACCCCAACUGGCACGUCAUGAACUCGGGCCAGGCAGAGCAGUACCUCGCCGGUAUGCACCGCGGCGACGUUGUCAUUCGCCCCUCUUCCAAGGGCGCCGACCACCUUGCGGUUACCUGGAAGGUCGACGAAGACGUCUACCAGCAUCUUGACGUGCAAGAGAUCGACAAGCCAAACGAAUACGCCCUUGGUCGCCUCCUCCAGGUUGCGGGCAAGUACAACUACUCGGAUCUCGACGAUUUGGUCAUCAACCACGUCAAGGCCACUGCACGCAAGUUUGACGAGAUGCAGAUGCACGAGAAGUACAAGUCGGAGAACGAGCUGGAGUCGUACCUCAAGAACUAUGUGCAAGCACACCCCGGCCGAAGCAUGUACGGCUUCAGUAUCGACAGCGACCGGCCAGGGUACAUCAAGCUGUGCUUCUUGAACAAGUCGACCAAGGAUGGCGGUGUGAUCCAGACCUGGCCUGUCAAGGUUCUUCCUGGAGCGUACAAGCUGGGCAACGCCGAGGUGCCGGGUGUGACUGAGCUGUCCAACGCCUUCAAGGCGCAAUACUCUGCAAAACUUAUGGAGCAGGGCGGCGGCGGCGGCAAGACUCCAGGCAUUCGUCAAGGCGGUCGUACUCCAGGCGGACGCACGCCAGUGCCACAGACGCACAAGCAAUGGUUCUACCUCUACUUUCUGCAAGGCUUUGGCGCCGGCAUCAUUGACGGCGCCGUCAACUUUGCGAUCGCCUAUGGGAUGUACCACAGCCAGUCGAACGUUAGGAUGUGGGUGCUCAAGCACAACACGGUCGCUGGCGACAUGGGCGUGACCUGCAUCAUCCAGUGCGCCGUCUCGAUGCUCAUCACGUCGACACUGGUCCACACCGACCUGCAUCACAAGGCCAUCCAGCCCCUGCCUUUCGUGUACCCCCACGUCGAGCACCUCCCUGACCCGCGCGUGCUCUUUGACCACAUCUUCAACAGGAAGGUGCUCAAGAAGACGCAGGAGGAGAAGAAGGAGGGCGAGGACGCGGACCUGGCCGAAGCCGACAAGGACGCUCAGCUGUACGAGGCGGUAUUGGCGCGCCGCCGCGAGUACGGCUUCACAAAGUACUACUUCCUCAUGCUGGUGCGAUUCAUCUUUGAGGGCACGGAAAUGAACAUGCUCGCGGACCGUUCCAUCGGCCCCAGGAGGUGGUUCCUGCGCUUGCUUUGGACCGCGGCCCAGGGAGCCUCGAUCGGCAUCGUCUUCGGCUUCCCGCUCUGGUGUCUGGCGAUUGUCAUCCUCGGCCCCAUCUACGGCACUCGUAACAUGCACGGCAAGUGGGCCCCCCAGGCGAUCAAGGCUGUCUUCGCGGCGAUUCUUGGCUGGAUCACCAACCCGGUGAUCGCCACUCUGGCGCUUGGUUCUCAGGCCGACCACCACCUGGUCGUUAUCCCGAUCGACGAGGAGCACGGCCGUACCCAGCGCGACGCGUCUCCCGGGGCUACGUCGUCUCUGGGCAUUGACGCGAUCCCCGAGGGCGAGGAGCUGCAGCCUGUCGUGUCCCGCCCCUCGCCUGUGCUUCUCAAGCCGCGCGGCUCGUUCAUCGACCCCGAGACGAGCCGCAAGCGCUCGGACAGCGGUGCAUCGGGUCGCGGACGCGCGGGCUCGGUCUCGCGCCCGCCCUUCACCCAGAACGUCUCGUACCUCUCGACCCACUCGGAAUUCGCCACGGCCGCUACGGGCGCGACGGCGGCGGCGGCAGGCGCCACUCUGACCACCGCCACCAUCACCCCUGGCCGGGUCCGAGCGCUCACCGUCUCGUCGUACGUCUCGUCCUCUGGCUCGCCUGCUGCUCCUCCGCCCGCGCCCCUUCCCGCGACCCCCACGUCGUUCACCUACGCCCUCGGCGGUGCCGGUGGUCGCGCGAAGCGUGUUGGCCGUUCGCGCGCCUCGACCACCACGGGCCCGCUGCCGCUGCCGCCUACGCCGGCCGACCGACGGACCGCGUCGACCGGCCUCGGCACGCCCACGACGCCAGCCUCGUUCCGCCCUGCCACGGCCACGGCGACGACGCCCUCGCGUGCCCGCGCCAGCAGCGACGUGGCGGGCGGUGCUCUGCACGUCACAGGCGUGCAGCCCGCCGGCGCGGCGCCCAGAGUCGAGGUUGUCGAGGACUCGAACUUUGACGUGUUUGGCCGGACGGACGUGGAGGUGCCCGCCAUUGCCCUGCAGCGCCCCAGUAUGGAGGUGGAGCGUGAGCGCGAGCUGGCCCGCCAGGAGCGCGAGCGCGAGCGCGAGGACCGCUCCAGACUGUAGCCGCCGGCGUGUGUGUAAACGACACGGCGCCAGUGUAUUGAACCUCGGGGCGUCUCCCGACCGACCUCAUGUAGCCCCACCCCACCCCUUGCUUAUAGAUUUGCCUUUGGCUUUAAUGCGAU